UUUUUUUUUUGAAAAUGCUUUGAAAUUGAAUCUCCACCAUUUCUACUUUUUUUUUCCACAUUAUUUUUUUUUUCUUCUUCUUACCACGGAAAGUAAGACUUUUUUUUUUAUUAUCAUUAUUACCCUGACGAUAUCAUGGAACUUGAAGAAGAUCAUAUCGAAGAUACCCACUCACCACUUGCUAUUCAUUUCCGAUUAUUAUACAACUGGACUCAAGGACUAGACCAAGAUCCAUUACUUCAACAUAAAGUGAACAUGUAUGCAGCCUUCCAAGUCGAAUUGAAUCAGAUACCCAUUUAUCGUCUUGUAGAUCACUCUUUAGCCAUGAUAGGUUUACAAACCAAUCAACAGUUUACCGGUGAACACUGGGUGUCAGCAGGCCAACUAUGGAAAGCAUGUGGAUUAACUUUAACAGAGGGACUCUUUCUUUUCCAACUAUCAAACGCACAAUAUCAACUGGAUUUCCUGGAACCACCUCAUCAUCGAUCGUUUCCUUUUCAAGAUGUAUGGGUCACAUUGACAAUGGCACGAUCCAUGGCAACUACUCUAGGUGUCAUGUCCUCCUUGGCCUGGUUUCUCGAUGUUCCCACCUUAUCGCAAGUAUACUCCUCCGACCAUCCAGAAAGACAAGAAAUGGUACACAACUGGCGUAUCAUUGGUAUUCCGUAUACAUCUUACUCGACACGUGCUUUGUUGGAUUAUCCGUUGAAAGGACCUGAAGAAUUGGAUAUCAUGACACUACACCAUCAUCAUCAACAACAACAACAAUAUGAACAACAAAAGCCUUGGCGUACAACAACACAAACUACUCGGUAUCAGUAUCAACCAGGGAUUGUGAUGAAGGAUCGUGCUGAAACAGGAUUGGUGCGUUGGCAAGUCUGGGCAUAUGAACAUUUCUUGACUUCAAAUAAAGAUGAUGCUUUGGGUAACUAUCACCAUUACAAUGACGGAAAAAUAUCAACGACUGGGAAAUCAAGUAGUCAAAGCGUAGGUAGUGGAAAUCAACAACGAAGGCGACCAUGGAAAUCUGAUUACGGGAACAAAGAUCGACGACGAUGGCGGAACAGCAUAGGCAAUGAUGCGAUAAUGAUGGAUGAUGAAGAUGAUACGCUUUUUGAUAACAAGGGGACUACAACAACAAAACAGAUAAAUGAUAGUGACGACGACAAUCUAUUACCAACAAAUGCUGUAUGGGACGUUCUUCAAGGAUUACUCUGUGAUGUUCAAUCAUUGAAACGGCUACAAGAGCAACGUCAACAACAUCAUAUGGAUGACAAUACAACAACUACGGCCGAACAAUCACUCCGUGGAUCACGUUUGUUCUCUGACAGUAUGAUGAUUGGAAACAUGCCUUUGAAAUCAGACUUUUUACACCAAUCAGCUUCAUUACAACAUAUCUAUCUGUCUGUGAUGAUGGAGAAAAUCUAUAAUGCAAUGGAUCAAUUAUAUACAACAACAAGAAAAUCAUCCCAAGGUGACUUGGUAAUACCAUCAUCAGCACCUAUAGCAACGACGACUUUACAACGACCAACAACAACAAGUGUUUCUACAACAACUGUGAGCGAUCGGACAAACAACAACCAACGACUCAUCCCACAACAUACAAGUCAAUUAGAUCCUCAUAUGAUGCUACAUGAUCGAAUGGAUCUACUGGAACAAGAACUGUAUAGAGUAAAAAAGAAAGCCAAGAAGAAGAUGGAUGAAGCCGAUUUGAAAUGGAUGGAGUUACAACACCAAUGGAUUACACUGGACAAUUGGAAACGUGCCUUGGAAACUCGUCGGAAAACGGAACGUGCUUGGAUGUUGUUGAUUAUUCUUUUACUUUGUUUUGUACUUUGGAUAUUUCUCUACUAGUUAGUUUUUUUUUUUUUUCUU